CCUUGUCCAUCAUCAACCACACAAAACCUAACACCUUUGCUCAGAGACUCUGCCACCUUGUCCCCUUUUUCUCGCUCAACUGCAUCCUCAAUGGUUUACAGCUAUGCUUCGAGGCCAUAAUAGAUAUGUUCGUCUCUUUCCCCCGGGAAAUCGGAUCGCUGGGAGCGCUUUGACUGAGUUUUUUAAAAGGGCAGUAAGGAAGGAUCUGGUCUGUGCGCCUCGAUCGACAAUCUGCCUAUUGUCGACCCAAUCUGGUUCCCUGGUGAGUCCUACUAAAACCCCCACCAAACCACCACAAUCCACCACAAAUACCACCAAAAAAUCCACCAAAAGCACCGUCAUCUAUCGCCGCCAUACAUCCCAAGAAAACCGUGGUCUUCGUGCCAUUACGGCCUUUUCCCUAGCCAACACAUCCUAUUUCACGUGGUAUGCGGGUCAGUGCCUCUCGAGCGAAUACUUGGGUGCCACCGUACCCUUUUAUGUCCUCCCCGAAGUGGGCUUGAUUGGGUUUGUCACGUCUGUGAUUAUUUCGUGGGGAUGCUAUACGUAUGCCGCGUGCAGUUUGGUGUCCAAAUUGACCGUACAUCCCGAAACGAGAAAGAUUCGAGUGUGGUUCCACACCUUUCCCUUUUGGAACCCGGCCGCUACUCAAAACAGCCAACAACCAUAUGAUUGGGGAGAUAUUUGUCUCGAUCGACGACGCAAAGAAGUGAUUCACCUGUUGCAAAAGUUGGGGGGAGAUGUUACCAAAUUUAGUGGGUAUCUGCCACUGUACGUGCCUCCCAAUCAUCCCCAAAGCACGCGAUGGCCCAUUGUCUUGCACCUCCGGGAUGGUGUAGCCAUGAGUACCAUUCGAAACAAGGAUCUCUUCUUGGAGACUCUCUUGGUCCGCCAUGUACCCCGUGAUGACAAGGACGACGAUGAAGAAUUUGGUGGGUCAAGGAAUAGAGGUAGAAGACGGAGUCGACGAGGGAACCGAAGAAGGGCGGAUAGAAGGUAGAUAAUAAACAGUUCAUGCUGGGACUCUCCGAUCGUCCAAGUAGCUAGCUAGACCCAAGAAGCUGGAGCCAAUAUUGAACUUCUAAUCAGUACGGAAUGUUGUUGAAAAUCAACGAUGACCACCCAAGCAGGAUCAAUCCAAGAGAGGGUGCUGCUUAGUUCACCAUUUACAGUACUGAUGCCGCCAGAGGAUCAACUCAAAUGAUGGCUUCUCUGACAAAAUUCAAUCCUUUCCUACAGUAUGUACAAUAUAAUCAUCAUCAUUUCAGCAUGCAAGUGUCGUCAUUCUUCCUCAACCAUCAUCAUCAUCAUCACCACCAUAAGAAAUAUAAAAAAUGGCAGAUUCAAAAUAUGUGAUGAAUUCCAUGG